AUGGCCCAGGAGCAGCGCCGAAGACUUGUAUGCGCCCAUUGCCCUCGAGAAGCACGAUUAGCAAGACCAGGCCACGAUAAAAACCGACCAGAUCUGCCUUACAAUGCAGGUGAUGAUGACGGUGUCGACGAAGGUGGUGGUGGUGGUGGUGGUGAUCGCAGAAAUAGGGUUACAAAUCAGAACCUUCGGAACUGCCGAUCGCAAUUUCUUGCCGCAAACAUUUUCUCAUCGUCUUCUUCCGGUGCGGUUUACAUCAUCGAAAUCGACCAUGUCGAUUUUUUCAAACUGACACCGUGCAAAAUGACUGUUCCCAAUUUGUCGCGGUUUGAAUUUUAG